GCGAUGUCCAUACCAAGUGCCGUAAAUCCUGAUCUGGUCAAAGAGCGUCAAAAUGCCACGUUCGACGUCGAUGAAUUCGCGAGCUGGUUUUAUGGUGACACGGCACUGAUGGGCAUGAAGCGAUUGAUCACGGAGGAGCUUUAUCGGGGUUUGGAUGAUCCGCUUGAUCUCGAGUACAUGUCCUAUGAGGAUGUUUACACGGCGGGCGUCAAACAGGCUGUGGAGUCCACAGUACGCAUGCGUAACAUGCAAGAGAAAAUAAAUCCGGGCGGCACUGAAAUCUAUCCUACAUUGCUUAGCGGCCUUGUGGGUAAUGCAAUGAUGCCCGCUGGCAAUCCCAUGGCCGUACAUCUACUGAUGUUCACGAAGGCGCUGAAGGGCCAAGGCACAUCCGAGCAAUAUGAGAGAUGGGGCAAGCGUGCCGAUAACUUCGAGAUUAUAGGCACCUAUGCCCAAACUGAACUUGGACAUGGCACCUAUUUGAGGGGUCUCCAGACACGAGCCGACUACGAUCGCCGAACGGAUGAGUUUGUGCUGCACACGCCACAUAUUUCUGCGUACAAGUGGUGGCCCGGUGGGCUGGGCCACACGGUCAAUUAUUGCAUAGUGGUGGCACAACUGUACAUCGAUGGCGAGAGCAAGGGGAUCCAUUUGUUUUUGGUGCAGGUGCGGGAUGAGGAAACGCAUCGCCCGUUGCCCGGCAUUGACAUCGGAGAUAUUGGGAAGAAGAUUGGCAUGCCGGGCGUAAAUAAUGGCUAUUUGGGCUUGAAUAAGGUGCGCAUACCACGCAUCCAGAUGCUCAUGCGAAAUGCUCAGGUCCUGGAGGAUGGCAGCUACGUGAAGAGUCCCGUUUCGCAGCUCAACUACUUUCCCAUGGUGUAUGUGCGUGCGGCCGUGGCCUUCGGCAAUACGUUCUUUCUCGCCCAAGCAGUCACUAUUGCCACACGCUACUCCGCCGUGCGUCGCCAGAGCCCUAUUAACGAGCCCGAACCACAGGUGUUGGAUCACAUAACGCAGCAGAUGAAGGUGCUGCCAGAGAUUGCAAGCGUGGUUGCGUAUCGCUUGGCCGCUGGACAGGUGUGGUCUCUGUACCAUCGCACGGCCAAGGAUGUGAAUGCCGGUGAUUACUCGCGCUUACCGGAGCUGCACGCCUUGUCCUGCACCCUGAAGGCCGCCUGCUCCUACGACUCCACCUAUGCAAUUGAGCGCAUGCGACAGUCCUGUGGCGGCCACGGUUACUUGGCGGCAGCCAAUUUGGGCAACAUUUUCGGUCUCGCCUCGGCCGCCUGCACAUACGAGGGCGAGAAUUCGGUGCUUUAUCUGCAGGUGGGCAAGAUACUGCUGAAGGCUUGGGGCGAUGUGCUGGCGAAGCGUCAAUUGAUGCCCACCAUGAGCUAUUUGGGCGAGUUAGCUGCCUGGAAGCAGUUCCCCCAGUGGACCGGCUCAUGGCAACAGCUGGUCGAGGCCUUGCAAUAUGCGGCCACCAAUAAAACGCGUUUGGCCCAUCAGCACUACACGACGCGUCUGGGCGCGGGUCGCACCCAGCCGCAGGCUCUGAAUGAGACGGGCAUUGAGUUGACGCAGGCAGCAGAGUUGCACGGUCGCGCCUUCGUUACGUACACAUUCUUGCAGGAAGUUACGGGCAAAGCGGCUGCCAAGCGAUCAGCGAACCUUAAUAGGGUGUUGGAGCAGUUGCUGGAACUGUAUCUGGUCCACACGGUGCAACGACAUAUGGCCGACAUACUGCGGUUUGUGCCGCUCAGCGAGCAGCAGAUCGAUGAUCUGCAGACCCGGUUGGAGCUAGUGCUGAAGCAGGUGCGCCUCAACGCGGUGGCCAUAGUAGAUGGAUUCGAUUUGGAGGACCGUGAACUAAGCUCCGUGCUGGGCAGCUACGAUGGCAACGUGUACGAACGCAUAUUGGCGUCGGCCAAGAAAAGUCCCAUGAACAAGCGGCCAGUGCCCGUUGCCUUUGAGCGUUAUCUGAAACCCUUUAUGCGGGCCAAAUUGUGAAUAAAGAGUGCUGCAUUUUGUUGUUGUUUUUUAAAUUA